AUGUUGCUUUUUUGUUUUGCUCUGAUCUGUCUAAGUCGGUCGUUGCUGGCCGUCGAAUUGUCUAUCUACAAAAGCUUUACUCAAGUUCGUCAGCUUCAUAAUGGACUCGGUGUAUAUACGCAUGAAUUUAUAAAAUCUGAAUACGAAAAUAUAAUUAAUGGAUCAAUCAGUUGGGAUGGUACAUCAUUUGUUCGACAAGAAACCUACAAUACGAUCGAAUCACUCCAAGAUGCUAAAGUAACAGUACAACGAUCGACAGUAUGUAAAUGCGAAACAAUUCAAGCGAAAAUUAUCGAUCCCAAUACGAUGUUACUUCAAAAUUUGGAUACAGGAGCAUAUUUUUAUGCUGAUAAACAGUCAAUAGAAUAUACAUCGAUACAACCAGAUAAUGGUGGAACAGUAUUGGUAUUUCAAUUUGAAAGUAAUACGACAGAAUAUAAUGGAACAUUAUCAUAUUUAAUGAAAGGGAUCACGUGGACACCAAACUAUGAUCUUUUUUUGAUAAACGACAAUGAAGCCAAACUUCGUGCUUAUGCAAAUAUCAAGAAUAAUCAACAACAAGAAUAUAAAGUAGAAAAUACUCAUCUUUUAAGUGGAGAUGUGCAAUUAGCUACUAGCUAUACAAGGUUUAAUUAUAUAUCUCUUAUGGGUGGAGAAAGUGUAAAUAUGCAGCAAAUUCAAAGUGAUGGAGAACAUAAAGGUUUGUAUUCGUAUUCAUUGAACGACCAAUAUACACUUCGUUCGUCGAGUUCUAUUCGUUUACCAUUUAUUGAUAUUGUUGCCAAGUAUAAAUUCUAUUACAAAGCGUUCACAAGUAUUAGCACAGCACAGUAUCAAGGUGUCUUUGAUAGAAGUUACGAUUUGACACCUGAUCAGUUCAUGCCGGCUGGCAUUAUUUCUAUUUAUGAUAAUCGAGUACUUGUUGGUCAAUCAAGUUUGCCAGAUAUUCCUGAAAAUUACACGCAAACAAUUAGUGUUGGUCACGAUAAUGAUGUUCGCUAUGUGGUAAACAGCAAUUUAACAUCGAAGAGCAAUGGCAGGUUUGAUUUGAUCUUUUUCAAUGGUUCAAGUGUCAAACCUAUAUGCACAAUUGUCUCCACAAACUUUCAAGUGGCACCUAGUGAUGAUUGUCAACAAUAUGCUACAAUAUGCGUUCCGACAUGUGCUUCUCAUCAACAGUGCAUAUCUGGUGUAUGUGUUGGACGAGGAUCAUUAUCAUUUACAUUGACAUGGAGUAGAGCAGGUGAUGGGGAUAUAAUUGUUACGAUCCCGAAUGGAAAUACAAUAAUGUACAGUCAACGAGGUCCUAAUUUCCUAACCAAUUAUGGUCAGUUAGAUGUAGAUGAUCAAAGAGGCACGGGUCCGGAAAAUAUUUAUUGGAAUUCAACGGAACCCGCUUCUGGGACCUAUCAAGUCUGCUUUCAACAGUAUUCAUUCAACACAUUUGCCACUCCAACUGAUCCUAUAACUGCUGUAGUUGAAGUAAAUCGGGCUGGGCACGACCCGCAAACAUUUAGGAAGACAUUCACACAACGUAUGCCGUUUCCUCUGCCAAAUAAUUGUCAGGAAUCGUAUGAUACCUAUUUGGGAUCAAUUGUUUAUUGA